AUGGUCUCUGUUACAGUCACACAGUACAACCUUAUACAAGUACAGCAGCAGUUUGGAGAUGUGACAGUGAAGGGCGCUGAGAAUCUGAACAUUGGCGGAACUCAGAAUGUCGGUACAACUCCGACCAAACAGGAUGAAGAGGAGGUACCACUGACUGCAGCACAGAAGAUCAGGAAAAGAACGGCAUCCAGGAUACAGUCGUGGACUAAAGACAUGGUGGAGACAAAAGCCCUCAAGAAAGUGAAAGAGAAGCUGGGCAGAGGAGCCACAUGGGUGACAAUUAAAGGAAGACCAGGAGAGGGGAAGUCCACAAUAGCUUACAUGGCCCUCAAAGACCAGGACAAGCAGGGGAGACAAGUAUACCAAGUGGUGUCACCAGCAGAGUUCAAUGAGGUCAUAAUGGCCUGCUCUAAUCCUGUCAUUCUAUUAGAUGACAUAUUUGGUGACUUGGAAUUCGACACAGCUGAGUGGGCUAAGUGGAGACCAAGUCUACGACCUAUCGUGGAUGUGAAACAUCCUGACAAAUAUGCUGAAAAGGUUCCAGAGAGGCCAAAAGUUGAUCAAACACAGUGA